AUGACGUUUACCAUGACCCCCCAGCACUUGAGCCUAGACCAGAAGCCACAUUCCUACAGAUUCCCACCUUCAUCCCCAGACCGCCUGAGCGACGACAUGGACACUGCCCCAGACGAGGCCGUCCUGCCCAGCCUACCCGGCAGGCGCCUCACCCGCGCGUCAAGGUCCCAGGCCAACAGCAAGUCUCUACGGAUCGACACGGAGCAGCUUAGGAAUCUCUCCAUACUCGACAAGAGCUCGGCCAAGCAGGCCACCCGGUCCUUCGCCGCCGAGAUGCGCCAGCAGCAGUUCCAAAAGUUAUGCGAGUUUCUGUGGAAAACCGGUCGUGCCAACCUCGGCAAGAGGGACUCGCCGCACGUCAACAUUGUCCCGGUGCGACUCCUGACGACACAAGACCCGAGCUACGACAGUGUCACCAUUUACUCCGUGGUUCAUUCCCAGGGGCACAGUCCCGUCGGCCUGCGCCGCAAGUUUGACCGCAGCUUGCUCAACGCCACCGUCCCCGAGCCUUUGCAGUCGCCCUCGACGCCCAACUUUGACCGCAACGAGCUUCUCUCGGCCAUUGUCGACACCAGCAAGACGUUGGCGUCAAGAAGAUCCCGGAAGAGCCCCCGGUCCUCCUUGUCCAGCAGGGGUACUCGCACGAGGCGAGACGUGGUACCCGAAGGUAUCCCGAUGCGUACGUUGAUAGGAAGCCGUUUCCCGCCACAAAGCAGCAAAGCACUAACACGAGUCGUACACACAGACUUCCCAUACGCCAGAUCGUAUCUUCCCAUCUUGGCUUCCAUCAUCAUGUCCAACCAAGUCCAUUUUGGCGACACGGUUGAGCUGCCGCUGCCGUACCCAGACGCCUGGCCGGAGACGGUCGCAUGGGUGUACACGGGCGAGGAGGAGCUCGUGACCGACAAGGUCCGGGAGAAUGUCCAGUAUCUCGGCGGUAGAGUAUGCUAA